AUGAGGUACCUGUGGUUUAUUGCGGCUUUAAGUCUUUUUCAGUCGGGCUCUGCUGUUGAUCAGAAGAAGUCAGCCAUCAUUUGGUUCGAUAAUCCAGCUACUCCAGCCUCUUUCAUGGACCAGGUGAAGGACAGUAUUUUGAAAGCCGGAGGUAAAAUCACACAUACAUACACUAUCAUCAAUGGGUUUGCCGUAAUCGCACCAACGAAUGCGCUUGCCUCCGUUCAAGCAUUAGGCGUGGAGCACUCGGUUCGUGUGGAAGAAGACGAGACAGUAUCAACUCUCAAGUCAUGA